AUGUCUCCCCCACCGAGUCUUUCGCGACACUCUUCUCUCGCAAACCGCUUCUCAUCUGCGCUUCCGACCAAACGACCCCGUCUCCCGAGCCUGCGCUCUCGCGAGUCCGACGCUUCUCUGAACGGCACCAAUUCACGCCGCAAUUCUUAUCAGCCUUAUUCAGUCUACCAACAAACUAUGUAUCCAACCAUCCUCCGCGACCCUGAUGCGACCAAUAAACUAUUGGAGGCUAUCCUCGAGACACCGGGAGGACGUCGAUCCCUCUCGCGCCUGGCGCGCACUUGCAAGGCAUUCUCAGAGCCAGUACUCGACAUUAUUUGGCGCGACCUUGACUCGUUCAACCCUCUGAUCGGGCUUUUCCCGGCCACGCUCCUCAAGCGGGCUCGUCGUCCUGGUCUCGGUCUGGCGAGGAACCCAGAGCCCGACGACUGGGCCCGACUUCUUGCAUACGGCGAACGCGUACGCAGCAUCUCCUAUGUGGAGAGCUCCGGGAGCGUCUCCCCGACCAUCUUCCCCGUCUUCGAGGAACUCCGUCCCAAGAACUGGCUCCUUCCAAACCUCACCUCGCUCACCUGGAAGUCGGAGACAUCCGCGGGCCUCGAGAGGUGCAGGCUCUUUCUGGGCCCAGAGCUGCGUAGUCUUACCAUGGAAGUCGGCACAAAGCACCCCAAGCUGCACGACCUACUCGUGGAAGUCGCGUCGCAUGCACGCCUCUCGGCGCUUUCCUUCACGCUGCACACGAACCUCCCCGACCAUUUCACCGACAUUUUCCAGAACAACAUCGCACUCGAGAAGGUGUGCAUCGCCGCGCCUGGCGCGCUCGCCUCGCGUGUGGGCAAGUGGACUGCAUCAUUGCCCGCUCUGCAUAGCCUCCAGAUCGACCUUACUGGUCGGACGACGACCGCAGUGGAAGGUUUCUUCGACGACAUCAGUCCUGGCUCAGGCUACUCGACGCCGAGCUCUGUGGGCGGGACGGACAGCGGUGUCUUCUCUGGAGAGGAGUUCGACUUCUCCGAGGUCCGCAAGUCUGCGGCGCGCCUUACACGAGACGGGCCUCGCCAUGGCGCCUUCGCGGCUCUAUCGAAUUUGAAGCUGUCCGGGGACGCGGCUAACGUCGCUACCUUCCUGAAGCAUAUCACUAGCCCGCUCACGACCCUCGAGAUCGUCAUAGAUGAUCCACCGGCGUCCGAGGACUGGCAGGACGUCUGCGGGCUCGUGUGCGAGCAAUUUGGAUACACCCUCCAGAACUUCCGCGUGAGCGCAUCUUCUGCUUCGCGGUUCUCGGAGCUGGUCCGCUCGACGUCCAGAGGUGGCGAUGCUCCUACACGGUACCUCCCUCUCAGCCACUUGUCUUACCUUCCUCGCCUCAUCUGCCUCGACAUCGACCUGCCUGAGUCGGUCGUAUUCUCUCAAGAGGACGUGGCCCAUCUGGCGAACAUAUGUCCAUCGCUUGAGAUCCUACGACUUUGCCCUUCGGCCCGCUUCCCUCCAUCAGUCGGCCCGCCACCUCUGACGCUCAAUGGACUUGCGCCUCUCACCCAGAAUUGCCGUGGGCUGCACACGCUGGCAGUCGUUGUAAACGCAACCGAAGGGACGGAAGCCACGUUUUCGACCCGUGCUGUCUCAUCUCGCUCGCUUCUCCGUUUGAAUGUGGGCCAUUCCUACAUCAGGGAUCCGCUGCAGGUCGCCGUGCUUCUCAGCCAUCUCGCUCCUCACCUUGACAUCCUCAGGUGGUUCCACGAGAAGAACCGCGCAGGAGUUAUCGAGGUCAACGCUGCGUCGUGGCAGAAGGUAUCCGAGUUCCUGCCCUACCUUCAGGACAUCCGACUCCGAGAGAGGCAGCAGCAGGCGCCUCCGCCCGCCCCCGUCUACGUGCCUCCGCCGACUGUCGAGAAAGCAGUCGACGCGACAGUGGUUACUGUGGACCAGGGCACGCUAGCAUUACCUGAAGUCGAGGAUGAGGGUGUCCAAGCCGAAGUCGAGCUUGUGGAAAUGGGCGUGCAGAUGAGCCCCGAAGUGGAGUCCGUGUCCAUCGAUGCCACACCGUUGCUCAUCGACACAGGUGUCAUGGUCAUUCCAGCGGUCGCAGAGCAUGCCGUUGAUGCGCACCCGGACUUCGAAGAGAAGGCCACCGGCGUGGACGACGAAAUCCUCUCCGAAACAGCGUCGACCCAGACAAGCGAAAAGCCAUCCGUGCUGGCGCACAUGCCUCCACCGGCGAUGAGUGUGCUCUCCCUCACCGUUGCCGUCUACCGUUUCUACACGUAUCCACUCCGAUACAUGUUCUCCUUCUUGCCG